GCCCCUCCGUCUCAUGCGCCCCUCUCUGCGACAGCGCCUGAGCACCCGUGCGAUGUUCGGCCCGAUCAGCGAGGUGACGAAGCCCAAGCGCGGCGCCGAGGCACUGGCAGCACCACCGAGCGAGGCCGCAAGCUCGACCGACGGGGCCCCCAACGGCAAACUGCAGAACCUCAUGUGCCGCAUGCUCCUCCAGCACGAAGCCGCCCACCAGUCGGCUGCCCGAGACGACAACUUCACGCUGACGCUCAAGGAAGGCGUGAAGAUAGAGAUGGCCCUGGAGCAAGGCUACCAGCACUACGUGGACGCAGGCAAAAAGGCACGCGAGGGCGACAACUUUCGAGGUCACCCCGAAGGCAAGAAGCCAGACGCGCUGUUCCGCAUGAUCAUCUUCCGCCUCGCGGAGGCGGCUCAGAACGACUUAGAGAACGUGAAGCAGGCAAUCGGCCAGGGCCCGCUCGCGACAGAGCCGCUCGAGGGCAUGAACGUGCUGCUACGCCGGGAGCCGCUAGUUCAGGACAAGGACAUGAUGGUCAAGUCGACGCGGUGCUUCAAAGUAGCCCUCACCGAGGGCGGAGAAAACCACGUACGCUGGAUUUGGGCCUGCAACCACCACGUCGACCUCAAAUUCGCUCUGACGAUGCUGAGGCUCAACAACGGCUUGUCUGCGGCGAACAUCAUGCUCGGCCACGAUCACGGACCCCGCUCGAAGGCAGCCAAGCAGUUAGAGCAGCUGGCGUUCAAGGGCGGCGCCAAGACGGGCGAGAAGGGCGGCACCAAGAAGCCCAAACGCAAGUAGAGAUACAAAAUCCUGGUUCGUCCAGGUUCGACAUCGCCACAGCUUUGCCGAGGAAGCAACGCCAGCCAUUGAUCGGAGAACUAUUCAAGCGCCAACGCACAUCUUACCAGCUUUGAUGACCAGCGUCGUCCCCAUGGAGUGAGGUUCGACGGCAUCGACAACCGAUAUUGACACUACCUCGUGCGUGCUCUCAGGCGUCGGCAGUAUCGUCUCUUCGGGGCCAGAACGGGGCUACAUCGAUAUGGAGGGUUCGGCGGGUAGAACCGUUCGUCGCUGUGCUCUCGGGUGUUCACUGAGGCCCCGAGGCGCCGCUGUUGCUGGCCGCCGCCGCUCUCCCUCCCCUCUCCUCUUGCGCCUUGUUCAGCAGUCUGUGCUUUGAAUGUGAGGAGAGGGGCCACCUUACCCCUGAGGGGGAGAAGGUGCCGCUUUCACAGUGCCGCCUCCGCAUGAGGCGGGGGCGCGUGGGUGCGGGGUCGUGGCCUAGCUUUCGCCCUGCCCUCUGCGAUCCCGUUCGGGCCCGACCCCCCUCGAUAUGAAUGGGCAUAUCGUGCGCCGACCCUCGGUGGAUUUUACCUUAGGCCCCUCACGAAGCGUUCCUCUGAAGGCUCUUGGGCGCAGUGCUGUA